AUGUUGGGUAGUGUCCUUCGCACGGCAGUGUCGAGACAAAUCUCGCGAAGCGCUCCAAUCUCGACGAGUACGGUUGCCGCGGAAAAAGCCGUCACCGAGAAGAAGAAGCCAACAAUUUGGAAGAUUGAUGAGAAAAAACGCGAUCGUUUGGCGAACUUCGGCCGGUACGCGGCCGAUUGCCUUCCGAAAUUCGUGCAGCGCGUUCAAUUCGCCGCCGGCGACGAGCUCGAGCUGCUCAUCCAUCCUUCCGGCGUCGUUCCGGUGUUGAGCUUCCUCAAAGGCAACCAUUCGGCGCAGUUCACAAAUCUCACAUUCAUCACCGGAAUGGAUGUGCCAACCCGUCAAAAUCGCUUCGAGGUCAUCUAUUCGCUGUUUUCGGUGCGCUUCAACGCCCGCAUUCGCGUCAGGACCUACACCGACGAGAUCGCGCCGCUCGACUCGGUGACGUCGGUAUUCCGAGGCGCCAAUUGGUACGAGCGCGAAGUGUAUGAUAUGUAUGGAGUCUGGUUCAACAAUCACCCGGAUUUGAGACGCAUUUUGACCGAUUAUGGAUUCGAGGGCCAUCCGUUCCGAAAAGAUUACCCGCUUUCCGGAUACACCGAGAUUCGCUAUGAUCCAGAGUUGAAACGCGUCGUGUACGAGCCAUCCGAACUCGCGCAAGAGUUCCGCAAAUUCGAUCUCGACACUCCGUGGGAGACAUUCCCCAACUUCCGCAACGAAUCAAUGACCAGCGGCUACGAGACGAUUCACGAGCCGGCGGCGCCACAGGAGAAAAAGUAG